AAAAGAAAACCUACACCCAAUUUUAAUAAGAAACCAGUUUGUGUCAGUUGUGUGAUUCAACAUUUUGGCUAUAUGUUGCUGUGAUGAAAACAAAUUUAGAACCUUUCCUGGGAUGUCUGUUGACUGUUGUGAGCUUUGUACAAUUUUAAUUGUCGGCCUUCUUGUCAAAGAUGGCAGGUACCAGAUGCUGACUAAGCUUGUUUUCAGUGCUGUCAUGUUGAGAAGGGUUUAUUUUACUGCAAAUCAAGACUAAAUAAAUUCUUGGAAAUGUUACGUUGAUUCUGAAUAUAUGCAGAAUUCAUAUUACAAAGAAAGUAGAAUCCAGUCAUUCUUCUAAAAGUGGAAGAGAAAAUGGAAAGCAACAGCUCACUUUGCAUUCAGCGUUGGUCUACUAGACAUGUGGCCAAAUGGCUGAAGGAAGAAGGCUUUUGUGAGUAUGUGGACGUUCUGUGUGAUAAACACCGAUUGGAUGGGAUUACACUAUUGACGCUGACUGAAUAUGACUUGAGGUCUCCUCCCUUGGAAAUCAAGAUUUUAGGUGAUAUCAAGCGGCUUAUGUUGUCAAUACGUAAAUUGCAGAAGCAUCAUGUUGACAUUUUGGAAGAGCUUGGCUACUGCAGUGACAGCCCCAUAGGUUCCCUGUCGCCCGUGAUUGGCUGUGUUCAAGGGAGAGAAUGGUUUUGCAACGGUGAAGUGCAGCGGGACUGUGAUGACUGUGAACCUGUGUCUGAUCUGAGUGCUGAGCAGUAUCAGUACACAAAUGGGAAAAGCAAGCAUUCUGCAAGAAGGCUGAACCCGGAAUACUGGAAGACGGCUUUGAGCUGCAUAUAUGUAUUCAUUGUGUUUGGCUUUACAUCCUUUGUCAUGGUCAUCGUGCAUGAGCGAGUACCUGAUAUGCAGACUUAUCCACCACUACCAGACAUAUUCCUGGACAGUGUCCCUAGAAUACCGUGGGCUUUUGCCAUGACUGAAGUAUGUGGAGUGAUUCUCUGUUACAUCUGGUUGCUGGUUCUCCUCCUUCACAAGCACAGAUCUAUCCUUUUGCGACGACUAUGCAGCCUGAUGGGAACUGUGUUCUUGUUGCGUUGUGUAACAAUGUUUGUGACCUCACUGUCUGUGCCAGGCCAACAUUUGCAGUGUUCUGGAAAGUUAUAUGGCAAUGUGUGGGCAAAACUUCAGCGAGCCUUUGCUAUUUGGAGUGGAUUUGGCAUGACGUUAACAGGAGUGCAUACCUGUGGAGACUAUAUGUUCAGUGGCCAUACUGUUGUCCUGACUAUGCUGAACUUUUUUGUUACUGAAUAUACCCCAAGAAGCUGGAACUUUUUGCAUACAUUGUCUUGGGUGCUGAAUCUGUUUGGGAUCUUCUUCAUUUUGGCUGCUCACGAACAUUACUCCAUUGAUGUCUUCAUCGCCUUCUACAUCACCACAAGACUCUUUCUGUAUUAUCAUACACUGGCGAACACAAGAGCCUAUCAGCAAAGCAGAAGGGCCAGGAUCUGGUUUCCCAUGUUCUCCUUUUUCGAAUGCAAUGUCAAUGGAACAGUUCCAAAUGAAUAUUGCUGGCCCUUUUCAAAGCCAACCAUAUUGAAAAGAUUAAUUGGCUAAAAAAUAUCCAGUUUAAUUUACAUCGGUAUGAAAUACCUGCAACUAACUUUCUUCAAGAAGCAUUGGACAGAAAGGGUUGCUGUCACCCAGAGCAUCUCCUCUGGCCUUGUUCAUGCUGUCCUGGCUACAGGGCUCAAAGAACAACAACACAUUGCCAUUUCUUAAAUAUUCAGGCAAAGUUGUUAAGCUGUAAUGAAGUUCUGCAUGAAUGUGGUGAGGUUAAAUUGCUGCUCCAGCAAAUCUUGUAGCUUCCUUGUUUGGAGGAUCUUAAAUUGUUCUUUACUACAGGAAUAACUUCAGAUCCAGAUACUACCUGAGUAGCUUUUGGGUCUGUUUGCACAUCAUGGGUAACCAUAAAUGGCUGAGUAUUGACUAUCUCUGGUUUGCGCCCUAUGGAUGGCCCUUUGGCUUUGGUGUGGAUUCUGCUCGUGACUUAUUAACCAUUUUGAAUGGGUAGACACACAGUUCAAAUGCAAGACAAUACUACUUCCAGUCUGGAUAAAACUAAUAAUAGCAAUCCAAGAGUAGCUUGUGUCCUGCAUUUGGAUGUUUAAACGUGAGGAAAGUUUAACAAGCUAGCAGUGGAACUGCCUUGCUCAGAUUGCUUAUGGAAAGAAAGAAUGCAGGCAGGUAGGGCUCUAGCAGGGUACAUUCACUGCUUAACUAUGUAAUGCUUAAAUGUGAUGUGCAAACACGGUUACUGUUUCUUGGACAAAAACUAAUACUGACAAAUGUCAUAGUCGUUCAGUAAUUGCCUCUAAAGGUUUAUUUUAGCAAGUAACUGGGUUGGGGAACAUUUACCCGGUGGACUGAGUUCCAAAGCCUUCAGUAUGAAAAAUACAUGCUGUAUUAAUAAAAGGGGCAAGGUGAAUGAUACUAGAACAGGCUUCACUGACUUAAGAUAAAUGAAUUAAUACUGUUCUGUCAUCCAGAUGUCCUGAGUGUUUACAUUUCAAUAAACCGGUAAGAAAUACAUUAUCUUCUGAAAUGAGGUUGAUUGAGAUUUAGUGCCACGACUCUUUCAGUGCAGUAUUAAACACUUAUUUAAAUCUGUGCAUGCUUUUUAAACUUUAACGUUAGGGUAGUAGUAUUGUUAAAUUGGGAGACAAGCAAAUAAUGUCACAUUGAAUAAAGGAAGGGUGGGGUCUUAAUGGAGUUUGGUUGAAGCAUAUGGUGAUGCACUGAACAGCUGUUUUGGGAAAGGAGGUUCUUUCCCUCCCCUUCACUGUAGUCUUCAAAGGUAUCUGACACUGGCAGAAGUUGAAAUUUAAUUGGCUGCUUGAGAAACUUCUGAGGCUCUUAGUGUUGCAGGUUAAUCAAAGGAACUUUUGUGGAAUAGACCAAAGGCUUAAAGUAUGAAAGCAAGCAAAACACUUGGCACUUGGAGGUCCUGGCAACCCCCUAUUUGCCUGUGAAAUCUAGCUUUCAUAGAAAUUACUCAGAUUUGUUCUUGAUCUUUUGAACCAUCUACUCAAUUUAAAGUUGGGAGUCCCAAUAGCUUAAAAAUGGGGUUUGUUUUUAGAAUGUUGAUUAAAAUGAGUUCAGGGUACAGCCUUUCAAAAAAAGUAUUGUUAUUUUAAAUCUGGAAUGCAAGAUUGGACAGUUCAGCACAUGUUGCUCAUUCUUUGAAUUCACUUCCAUUGUAUGCAUUACUAUGUACCUGUACAAAACUGUCCACACAACUGGACUUUUUGAAUCAUACUGCACAUACGGGUUAUCCAUUUCUAAUUUAUAAUUUUAAACUUGACAUUAAAAGUUGUAGUCAAGUCAAUUAUAGAGUCUUGGUCAUUAACUUUAUGGAGUGCAGUAAGUUUCAGUGACCCAGAAUAGCCUGUCUGUCCUUGUUUCAACCAGUUAACACUGAAUUUUCUGGUGGAGGUCAGAUGACUCAACGUAGCCCAACUGCAACCUUUUUCCAGUGCCUCUUCCUGAUAGCUAAACUAAUCCAACCUCACAAACACAGAAUUGUUUCCAGAGCUGCGAAUUGGCAAGAGGCAUGUAAGAGACCACAAAUGCAUUCCUGUUUGAUUCUGUGCAUUGUGCUGAACAUGGAUUAAUAUUGGUAGGCCUAAAAAUACAGGAUUUUGCUUUGAACUUCAAGAAACCUUUCCAAAAAUCUGCUGAACUAAAAUUAGAGGCACAUAAAACUUCCUCAUUCUGCACCUUAAUAGUAUUUUCAUCCAAGAACAUUGUAUAGUUUCUAGCAAUAUUUAAUAUUGCCACAGUAAUACAGUACAGUAUUCACUUAAAUGUCUACUUUGGUAUCUUUUGUGCCAUUUCAAGGUGAAAAUAUUCUCCUUGCAGAGAAUAGUUUGCCUUAUUUUUCACAAGUUGCCGAAUGUUCCAGAGAACGUUCUGAAACUAAAUCCUUUCUAUAAAGCUAUUUCUAUGCACACUGGCACUUAAUUUGCAUUGUUAGUAUUCCUAAGUCCAAUGCAUAAAGAAAUUGGGCAGAGGGUCGUCUCCCAGUAUGUUAGACUGCAGCAUCAAUUUUAUGAAAACCAGAAAUACAGAAGCAGCCUCAGAUGUUUCUAUCAGCUGAAGUAGCAGCUUUGUAUGGUUGUAGUGAUGGGGUAAACAAUAAGGUGAACGGUUUGUUACAUUUUAAAUGCAAUAAUAUUGCACCUUUUGUGUGGCACAGCGGGAAAAAUUAAAACAAUUUUCUCCCCCCACUUAGAGCAACACCCUUCACUGUUUACCUGAUCUUUGCUCACUGGCGAAAGUGCAAAGGAGCCUUCUUUGUAGCACACAGAGUUGGCUGCUUAAAACAAAUCUCAGUAAAAUAUAACUGUGAAUGCUGGAGAGAAGCAGUCUGUCCCUAAGUUUACAAAUGCCUUUGGGGAUGGAACAAUGCUUUACCCACCAAACGUAUUCUCACGUUUACAGUUCAGAUCCACAGUAUUAUGUUGCUAGUUCACCUGGAAACAAUGCAACAGAACCAGGGAUAUUGGAACAAAUGUACAGGGACACAACUUGAUGACCCUCUAGAUAAGCAGCUUCGAUGAUCUGUCUAUGUCUGGGCAGUGCCAUCUGUAUCUUCAGGCAGAGGCUGCCUUGAUGGAAGACUUCUCGGUCGAGAGAAAACUGUACAAAGAAUUCUGCCUCUUGAAGUCUUAACUAAUUUGUUGCUCCUAGUAUGACUUACGUGCAACUUUGAAAUAACAUGUUGUAAUGAUAGUUGCGUUUGCACCUUGGAUUCUAAUCAAAAUUAGCCAUUCUAUGAAUUGUAGCAUUAUAGUCUGGAAUAUCUCAUCUUAAAUUUAAUGCCAAGUUUGUUCAUUUUGAAGGUAUAUAUCAUACCUACUUCCCCAAAUUGUUCCAAAGUGUAAUACAUUUAUACUGUGGAUUUCUCCUGUUGAAAAGGUCAGAUUUGAUUGUUAACUUUUGACUUAGAGAAGUAAUAUAUAUUAUAUUACCAUUGUUUUCUUAAUUUUCCAAGCAGGAUUCUCUUUGUUUGUCUUUUGUUUGUAUUUGGAGAGGAAAAGUAGUAAAGUAAGACCAAUAAUUUCAAAAGCCGGCAUGCAUUGUUUUGUAAAUCAGGGGUACCUCAUGUACUUUAAAGGGUAUCAGUGGGCAGUAACUUAACCUGAUGCCCUCGGAGUUAGGUUUCCCUGCUCUUGGCACCAAGCACUAUCUAGCCUGUUAAGGAACUAUUCCAAAUGGUAAAAUGAGGACUGUAAUGUGUCCUGCUGUUGCCCUAGCACUUGACAGAUCUUUAAAGUAGUAUUUGAAUACACCCAUUAUGCAAUCACCAACUUCUUUUAAUUUGGGAGUGUCAAUAUAGCCACUCCAGGAUCCUCUUCCUACUUUCCAGUAGAAACUUAAGUAAGUAAUGUGUGGAAGUGUGUGCUCAUUGGUCACUAAAGCAAAGAGCACCUGUGACUACAAAGCUGGCCACCAUGUGUUGUAUUGGGCAGUGGUUCCUUGCUGGAAGGAUACAAAGAGGAAAAUGGAAGUGUUAAGAUCCUAAAAACACACAUUUUUCAGGUGGGAAUCUGUGAGUUGUCUUAGUCCCACUUUCUGAUUUGUAUUGUCAUAUUUAUUCUGAUCUGCUAAGUCUGGAAGUCCAACACAGGGAUAUCACUUGAUCAUGACAGCAUCUCCUGGCUAAAACCAAGGCUUCACAGGCCCAGAUGUAUCACUGCCAUCAUGGUGGAGGGCUCUCUUUCAGUCCCAAGGGGCCUGGCUUGGCCUGAGGGUGUCUGACUUAAAGAACUAUACAUUUCUGCAGUUCUCUUUCCUCAGUUAUAUGCUAAACAUAGUUACAGUUUUGCUGUUUUGAUCAACAAAGCCAAGGCAAGAGGAGAAUAAUGAUUGGGCUAAAGCUGUUGGCUUGAUGUACGGCACAGACAUUUUGCUUUCAAUCUUUCCCCCGUCCCUAAGAACAUGGUGGUGUUUGAAGACUUGAAUAUUCCUUUUACAGAACAGUUUGAAGCACAGAUGUUGUGUAAGUAAAGGUGGAAUUCGUUCCAAUGUGAACAUGGAUUUAAUUUAUAUUGUUUUGUAUGUCUUGUGUUAAAUUGUUGAAGCAUUCAAUAAAGAUUAACUAAAUUUAAGUGAUA